AAUGAAAGAUUACCCUAAUGUCAGUCAAAAUUUUUUAAAGUGUUAUCUCUUGAUAGCGUGCGCCCUUGUUAUAGCGACCACAUUCAAAAUCAUUCAAAUCUCAGAGUAUCUACACUUUGCCUGCUUACGUCGCUGGCGAUCGCUUAAAAGCGCUUCACGAAGAGGUCGGAUGUAUAGUAGCACCUUGAUUCCGAAGCUCCUAACAUGUCGACCGAACUACUGUUUCUUCUCGGCACAUUAGCGAUAGUUUUUUAUAUUUGGCAAAAACGGACAUAUUCAUUUUGGAAGCGCCAUGGAGUGAAAAGCAUUCGAUCGCUGCCCCUUCUGGGUAACACCCGCGAGUUUCUAACCGGCCGAGUACCGUUCUUCGAACAGAUCCAAAAGUUUCACCAAGCUCCUGGCUUCGAAAAUGAACCAUUCGUGGGUGUGUACAUGGCAUAUCGCCCUGCUCUGAUCAUUCGCGAUCUAGACCUGAUCAAAACGGUGAUGAUCAAGAAGUUCCAAUACUUUAACAACCGCGUACUUCAAACGGACCCGCACAAUGACGCUCUUGGAUUCAACAACCUCUUCUUCGCUCGCAGCCCGGCUUGGAGGGAGUUACGAACGAAGAUCUCUCCGGUCUUUACCACUGGCAAGAUCAAGCAAAUGUAUCCCCUGAUGGUGAAGAUUGGAAAAAACCUUGAGGAUAGUGCUGAACGUCUUGGCAGCGGUUCAAACAUCCAGGUUAAGGAUCUGUGCGCUCGCUUUACCACUGACCUGAUAGCCACUAUUGCCUUCGGUCUAGAGGCCAAUGCUUUGCAGAACGCCAGGAGCGAAUUCUUCUACCACAAUAAGGCUAUUUUCUCGUUGACCUUGAGUCGAGCUAUAGACUUUGCCAUCAUUUUCAUGCUUCCGGCAUUGGCGCCGCUGGCGCGUGUGAAGCUUUUUUCAAAGGAAACAACGAAGUUCAUCCGGAGCAGCAUUAACUAUGUUCUAACGGAGCGAGAGAGAACCGGCCAAAAGAGGAAUGAUCUUGUCGAUAUCCUUCUAGCUAUGAAGCGGCAGGCUUCCGCGAAUUCCGAGGAGUCGUUGAAGACUAUUGAUCUGGACUACUUGGUGGCCCAGGCGGCCAUUUUCCAGACAGCCGGCUUCGAAACCAGCUCUUCUACAAUGACUCUGACGCUUUACGAGUUGGCCAAGAACAAUGACCUGCAGCAACGCCUGCGGCAGGAAAUCUCCGACUUCUUUGGGGACGAGGACCAUGUCAGCUACGAGCGUAUUCAGGAAAUGCCCUACCUGUCUCAGGUCGUUAACGAGACACUCAGGAAAUAUCCAAUCGUGGGGUACGCAGAACGAGAAUGCUCUCAGCCGGAUGAAGGUGAACGGUUCAGCCUCGAUCCUUACCACAACAUGGUUCUACCGCAUGGAAUGUCCAUUUACAUUUCCACUCUGGCCAUCCAUCGGGACCCCCAAUAUUGGCCGGACCCGGAAAAAUUUGACCCAGAGCGAUUCAAUCCGUCCAACCGCGAUAGCCUCAACAUGGACGCCUAUAUGCCAUUUGGCGUGGGUCCGCGCAAUUGCAUCGGUAUGCGAUUGGGUCUGCUGCAGUCAAAACUGGGGCUUGUGCACCUUUUGCGUAACCACAGGGUCUACACGUGCGAGCAGACCGUUGAUAAGAUCGAGUGGUCUCCAGUUAGUCCGGUAAUUGCCUCCAAACAUGAUAUUGUGCUUCGGCUGGAAAAGGUAUCCGGUUAGUGGGCUUGUGGACAAUGUUUAACUUCAGAGUAGGUGAAUUGUAAAUAUGUUUGAAAUUAAAGAAACUGCAUUCCAAUUAUGCAA